AUGGGUUUGGGCCCAUCAGGCACAGUUGCCAUGAGGGGAGCGGGAAGAUGUGGGCGCUUCAGCUGUUUCUCACCCUGCGCUUUGAGUGGGGGUCGGAUGGCAGCCUGGGAGGCGGGAGGUCCAGCGUUCAAGCAGACUCGCCUUCGCCUCCCAGCUCUGACGCGCUCGCACCCUGGUGACCCAGCAGACCCCGUUACUCAGCACGGAGGAGGUGUUCCUCUGAUCUGCUGUAUCAUCUGGGAAGCUUGGACCAAAGGAGGAGCAGAAGACGAUGAGCCACUUGGCAAGCCCGAUGGGUUGGUGGUUGUGACUGGAAGAAACCGACAAGUGAAAAAAAAAAGAAAUUGGCACAAACAUGACACAGGACAGACGACAGAUGUCAAACCUGUCCAGAAUGGGAGUCAAGUGUUCAUCAAAGAGCUAAGGAGCCGGACCUUUCCCAGUGCGGAUGAUGUGGUGGUGAAAGUGCCCGGCAGCCAGCUGACCCUGGACUACCUGGAGGACCGCGGCUUCACAGAGCCCAUCCUGGUCCCCAAGAAGGAUGGCUUAGGGCUGGCCGUCCCAGCCCCGACGUUCUACGUUAGUGAUGUUGAAAACUACGUGGGUUGGAUAUAUGCAACACUAACCCCUGUAGACUGCCUGGCAUUUUCAGGACAUUUCCUUCACAGCCUGAGUAUUGAAAUGCAGAUGAGAGCGUACGAGGUGGAGAGAAGAUUGAAGGUCGGCAGCCUAACCCAGUUUCCGAACUUUGAAACUGCCUGCUGGUAUAUGGGGAAGCACCUGCUGGAGACGUUCAAAGGGUCACACAAAUCUGGGAAGCAGCUGCCCCCUCAUAUAGUCCAAGGAGCUAAAAUAUUGAACGGGGCAUUCCGGUCAUGGACUAAAAAGCAGGCCUUAGCAGAACACGAAGAUGAGCUUCCCGAACAUUUCAAACCAUCCCAGCUCAUCAAGGACCUUGCCAAAGAGAUACGCCUCAGCGAGAACGCAUUGAAAGUCACUAAGCCUGAAGUUGGUGCCAAUGUCUCCCCCAAGGAGGUCUGCCCCAUGGAGAAGGAGAAGGAGGAGCCCCCAUCCCCUUUACAGGUCACGCCACCUUCCUCUUUGGUGGAAAAAUCCUCUAAAAAAAAGACUCCCAAAACUAUGAAACCACCCAAACCAUCCAAGAUCCCCAAGCUCCCCAAACUCCCCAAGCCACCGAAGCCUCCAAAGCCCCCCAAGCCUCCUAAAACUCCGAAGAUCAAGGAGGGAGGCAAGAAGAAAGGGAAGAAGUCCAAGGAAUCGGCUUCCCCCACCAUCCCCAACUUGGACUUGCUAGAGGCCCACACGAAGGAGGCACUGACCAAGAUAGAAACGCCAAAGAAAAGCAAGGUUUCAAAGAAUGUUUUAAGUGUCCCCAGCAAGGAAGUCACUAAUAAGCAAAAUGAUGUGGAGAGGUUUGAAAUCCGAGAACAGAAUAAGACCAAAACAGAAGCCAAGUGGAAGUAUAAGAAUAGCAAACCUGAUUCUUUAUUGAAAAUGGAAGAAGAACAGAAAUUGGAAAAAACUCCUUUAUCAGGAAAUAAGGACAAUAAGUUUAUGUUUUCCUUCUCUAACAAGAAACUUCUAAGAUACUUCUGUGGGGCUCAGGCCCUGAGGUUUGAUGCUGGCUAUACAUUUUUUUUUCAGAGCUCCUUUCAGGCUAUGACAGUGAAGAGUGAUGAUUCAUCGGAUGAAGAUUCUCUCCAUAUUGAUACGGAAGCCAAGCCUGGCCGCAAUUCCAAAGUAAAGAAGGAGAGUGGGAGUUCAGCAGGAAUUCUGGAUCUUUUGCAGGCCAGCAAAGAAGUUGGAGGAUUAGAGUAUAACACCAACAGUCAGCCACCUGCCUCCCCCAGCACACAGGAAGCUAUUCAGGGAAUGUUGUCCAUGGCAAACCUCCAGUCUUCGGACUCCUGCCUGCAGACGUCAUGGGGCACCAACCAAGCAAAGAGCAAUUCCAUCUCAGCCCAGAACUUGAAGAAGAAUGGGGGAGGGGGCAACAAGAGUGCCGGCAAACGGCUCUUGAAGAAAAGCACAAAGAACAGCAUUGACAUUGAAGACUAUGAGGAAGAUCAGGACCACCUGGAUGCCUGCUUCAAAGACUCCGAUUAUGUGUACCCCUCCUUGGAGUCAGAUGAAGAUAAUCCUAUAUUCAAGUCUCGAUCGAAAAAGAGAAAAAGCUCUGAUGAUGCUCCAUACAGCCCAACAGCAAGGGUUGGGCCUUCAGUGCCUCGGCAAGACAGACCUGUUCGAGAAGGGACGAGAGUGGCUUCCAUUGAGACUGGGUUGGCAGCGGCCGCAGCCAAACUCUCCCAACAGGAGGAGCAAAAAGGCAGGAAGAAGAAAAAUACCAAAAAGAAAUUGUCACCGAACAACACUAAUAAGGUCUCCCAGGAAAGCAGCUCGCCUGAACCCAAGCUGGAAUCCCAUAGCAGCAGCCUCACUGACCAUGAGUAUACAGCAGGAGCUAGCACCUUUGGAGGGGCUCAAGUCACUCGAGGCUCCCAGCCCAUGGCCCCUGGCGUCUUUCUCACCCAGAGGAGGCCAUCCUCAUCAUCCCAGAAUAAUGCAGCUGCCAAAGGAAAACGCACGAAAAAAGGCAUGGCGACAGCCAAACAGAGGCUGGGGAAGAUUUUGAAAAUACACCGGAAUGGGAAGCUCCUCCUUUAAUAUUGGAGCAGCCAGGACUUUUCUCCCCAGCCCGGGACUUCUUCCUGAGCCGACACUAAAUCUUCAACUCUUGGUGGACUGCCGUAGUAUUGCGCUUCAUCCUAGGGAGGACCCCAGUUAACUUUUUGUCACCACUCAAAUAGUUGUUUUUAACUUUCAGCAGUCAGAGUGUACAGAGCACUGCUAUAAAUAUUUUUUAAUAUA